AAAAAGGCAAAGAAGAAAAAGCAAAGAAAGACUAAUAAGUUUAUAAGUUAAGAAAUCUAGCACAAAAAUCGCUGCUAACACGUAAUAAAAGCAUGAUGAAAACGAUGCUGAUCUGGUUAUUGAUUACUUGAGCGAAGAUCAAUCCAUCACCCCGAAAUGCACGGAUGCCUCUGCCUGCUCUAAUGAGAUAGAAAACUGUUGCGAUCUGAAGAAUACAACAGGUGCAGCAGUAAACGUCAGCGAGUUGGCGAGAACAAACGGUAGCAAUAGUGACGCGACUACAAAUAAUCACAGCAACAUGGUGCCAAUAAUUAGUGUGACUCCUCACAGCCCUGGGGCCAAGUUUAAUUUUCUAGAGGACACUCUCAAUCAGUUACAAUGUCUACGAGAAAGUGUAGCUCAUAUGAAAAAUUCAACACUCCAAAACACGGCGUUGGGAGGCAUUGGUUCGACGAUGUCCUCGACGAAAUUGUUCUCCUCGUGUCCUUCGUUGCCAGAUCUUACUUUAGCUAAUCCUAUCAAUGUUUGGCCGCAUCAUCAUGUACUGUACGGUUUGAAUAAUGAUCGACGAAAGUCAUGGACCGCCAUUGAGGAUUUAACAGAAUGCACAAAGUCAUCACACAAAAGCGUCAGCUUGUCUAGUUUAGACAGCGAAGAGCAAGAAUCUUUACGAGCUGCGGAACGACUUCAUAAUCGAACGAGUAGAAACAGUACGGGUGGAAUUUCAACACAUUCCUUGAACGAAGCCGAGUUAGCGAGAGAUUUUGAGAAAGUUGUUGCAAAACGCAAUCUGGUGCCCGUCGUUCCACGGAUUCCAUUACAAAAAAGCAUAUCCACUCCAUCGAUAGCUCCGGUUCGUAAUCAGACGGUUAAGGAAGAUAAUCUAGCCUCUUCGAGGCAUCUUUCUGACAGUGAAGAUGAAACUCAUGAUCGAUCACUACUUUGUGUGAGAGAUAAAAACGAGGAAUAUCCAGAGCAUCACGAAAAACGAAGAAAACGUGGUUCAUUAUUUUUCCGGAAGAAGAAAGAUAAAUCCAAAUCAAAAGGACAAUCCUCUGUUUGUGAUGCAUGUGGAGCAGUUAUAAAUCUGGCAACAUACAAAGAGCACGCAGUAGAAUGUAAAGCAAAGAUAGCAAAGAAAUAUUUCCAGGCUCAACCAAAACCUAGCUCAAACAAGAAGAGCUCUGCCAACAGCCACAAUUCCUCGCAACACGAUGAUCAGGGUAGAGACUAUUAUGAUGGCAACGUGCAUAAUGAUAACGCUAAUUACUCAGACGACGUUCCGUUGAUAAGGGAUGAAUUUUUGCAUGAAGCGCCUAUCGGUCCACAUGAACUGGGUGCAGAGCCCAUUCUAGGCGUUGCAAUUGAUGAGCACGACUCAUGGAGCCCCAGUGUCCCUAAAGAGGUGGUCAAAGGAUUAAAGGACAAACAGGUGAAACGUCAAGAACACAUUUAUGAAUUUAUCAUGACAGAGAAGCAUCAUGUUCAAACUUUACUAGUCAUGCAGAAGGUAUUUGUAGAAAGUCUUCAGAAACACUUCAGCCAUCUUAACUUAGAACGAAUGUUUCCAAGGCUCGUUGAGCUAACCGAGCUACAUACGGGAUUUCUUCGCAAACUAAGAUUAAAACAAAGAGAACAUCACAUAGUGGACAGCAUCGCCGAUAUCCUGCUCGACUUUUUCUCCUCAAUGUCGGCCCAGAAGCUUAAAAGUUCAUAUGGCGAAUUUUGUUCAAAUCAUCGAUCAGCGUUGGAUACGUUCAAGUGCUACAUGACUGGUGACAACGUGUUUGCUGAAUGGUACAAACAUUGUCAGCAAAAUCCACUCCUUAAGAAGAAAGGCAUUCCCGAAUGUAUUCUGUUCGUUACGCAGCGCUUAACUAAAUACCCGUUACUUAUCGACCCUUUGCUGAAAAGCUCUCGCGAAGACAAGAUUGAGCAGGAAAAGCUGCAAAAGGCUAUGUCGCUGGUAAAGGAAAUACUCGUUGACGUGGAUGCCCGGGUGGCCGAUAAGGAAAAAGAGGAUCGUCAAUUAGAGAUUUUUAAACGUAUUGAUGCCAAAUCCUGCGCUAUCUUUAAAAAGGAUAAGUUCAAAAAAUCGGACAUAAUUUCAUGCAAUCGAAAAUUGAGAUUCGAAGGAGUAGCCACAUUAAUGCAAGGCAGAUCCAAAAUGCAAACAGUUCUGGUGGUUGUCCUAUCGGAUUGCUUGUUUUUUCUAUUGGAAAAUUCGCAUAAAUAUUCGUUCUUCACUCCUGAGAAUAAGGCUGGCGUAGUUUCUUUGCAAAAGCUUUUAAUUCGUGAAAAAGCUGGCACAGAAUCCAGAGGUAUUUACAUCAUAUCUUCAAACCCGGCUUAUCCGGAAAUGUACGAACUGAAGGUACAAAAUCCAAAAGAUAAAAAUGUGUGGAUCCAAUCAAUACGUGCUGCCGUUAUUGACUGUCCCUCAGAUGAAUCGGAAACAGAUGACUACAUGAGCAUUGAACAAAGGCAAAAAAUAAUAGAUCUGAAACAAGCCAAUAUACGGGAGAUAAUUUGUAAAAUGCGUCAGAAGGACUUCGAGCAGGCGAUAUUACUUGAAGAAAAGAUAGCACUACAGUUGAGCUUGUUGCUGGAUAACGAGCAAAACGCUGAGCAACUAGGUCCCGCCGUUGAGUCAUUUAUCUCAAAUUACGGAUCGUAUAGAGAUCUUAUCUCCGAUGACUGUGAUACUAUAGAAAUAUGGAAACGGGUGUUGAACUCUAUACAAGAAAUUAGUUCUCUGGCUUCUUCGCUUUAUACGGCUGCGACGGGAUUACCAUUAUCUAGGUCCACCAGCUCAGUUGGAGAGCGACAGAGUGAAUUGUUCAUCUCUCCAACCUUACCAAAACGAGCCGAAACAUUUGGUGGAUUCGAUGAGCGUCGAUCAAAACAACUAAUGACUGGCGGAGGAAUUGGAGGUACUAAUUCAACAAUACAUACUGCCAACUCACGAGACGCUGUUCUUUCAACAUUAUCAGCCGGCUAUUUUACCAACCGUGAAACGUAUGAAAAACGGGAACAGCAGACUCAUUCUUCAUCAUCUGGGUUGGACGUUGAUCAGCUUUCUAUGUUGGCUAAUCCUCAUGUUGCUACUUCAUACGGGCAGCAGAAGUUGUUGGGCAGUGGUGCAGAGGGUGUGUCAUCUGACUUGGCCAAAGAUCAGAAUUACGCUGCUUUACACGUAUCACACCAUCUGCACACUCUGCUUUGCAUAAUCUCACAGCAAAUGACUACCAUUCAAAGCCUACAGCAUCAGUUAAAUAGUUAUCGCGAAAAUCCAAAGACGCUGUAUCGACAUAACGACCAGCUGGAAGAAUUGCGUAACUUGCAGGAUAAGCUGCAGGAGGAAAAGACGAAUUGGCAGAAACAAAAAGAACAGGAGGAGCGCGAACUCGAAGAAAUGAAACACUCACAGAAAGCUUUGCAGGAUCAGAUACGGGCAGAACAGGAAGAUAUCAGACAGCAACGUGAACAACUGUAUCGAAAGAUGGAAAUUUUAUCAAGCCAAGGAUUGCUACUCUCUCCAAGCGUUGCGUUGCCGAUACCAACUGGAGUAGCAUCGUCAUUGGAGGAUGCACAAAGUGUCAGCGAAGAGCACCACGUCGAUAGUGCCUUCGGAGGAAGCAUUGCAGCAGGUUCUAUGGUUGGAUCUUCGGUUACAAUCGAUCGCAAGAAAGAUAAAUGGCGAACAGCGAGCAUAUCAAAGACACCUCCAGCAAACCUUGUAAGUGCAACAAAUGCAGCGAAGAUUAAUGCAACUAACAUAAAACAGCAACUGCCGUUAAAACUAUCAUCAUUGUCAAGCACAAAGCAGGGCUCUGCUGCCAGCAGCUUGGUAAUGUCACCUAACAGUAGUAAUGCUGGCAUGGCUUCGCAUGCAGCUGGUGUUGGGGUGACUCAAAUGUUUCCUUUGAAGCUUGCCGAUAAGAAGAUUUCCUCCACUGGCACUCCUAAUCACUCUCGAACUGGUAGCAGUCCUGCCGUAAUACAACAACAAAUUCAAGUACAAUCAGGCAAUCCUGCUACUAGAACAAACACCUAUCCAAAAAUUCCAGAACGCUUUCGCUUAAGAAGUUCUGACAACUAUCCUGGCCCACCAAGUGCAAGUUCAACUACACCACAAACGUAUCAGUAUUCAUCACCGUCACAUCCUAUGGUGGCAUUGUCUUCGACUCCUCCUCCGCUCGUGCCCGCUAGAAGCACGAUGCAUCAGGAAUCGAGUGGAGCCCGUACUUCCUCUCCGAUUUCAGCUCGCCAUCCCAACUUACAGUCACCGCAGAAACCUACUGAUCCGUCACAAUUGGGAGGCGGCAAAGGUGACAGCAACAGCAAGGUCAAGGAGGAAGAAGUGAUGUACUUUUGAUAUACGCCAGUCGAAGUGGAGAUCUAAACUUCGGAAAGCUUUCUUCGGUUUAGUAAGUAAGUAAUGCCUUCUUAUCAUUCCUUGUCUUGAUUUAUAUAUAAUUCUUAAGGCCCCACUGAUCUCGGGUGAGGUGGAACAGUGUCAUUGAGGUCCAGCAUAUAGACACAUGCUAUUUAUUCGAUCAUGAUAGGAACAGCACUUCUGCAUUCUGCAUUAAUGGCCUACAACAAGCAUUUUUAGUAAAUCGUUAUAUACGGUCGUUAGGUAUGAAUGUUAAAUUAAUGUCAAAUAUAUGUGUUAUGGAACUAAAAGUGCUAAAUAAUAAAUUGAAUUGCAUCCUCACGAUGUAAUAUAUUGAUGGCAAUGCAAAUGGUUGUACCGGAGGCGUGUGGACUCUUCAGUGACAGAAAAGGGUGGUAACGCACGAUGGUUGCAUUUUAAGUGUUUAAUGGACAAAUGAUUAAAAUGGAUUAACAAGCCAUUACAUGUUCGAAACUGAUUGUACGUUCUGCAAUAGUACAAGCACUUAGUUAUGUUCUAUUCUUUUAUAUUUACGUUUUUUAUUCGAACUGUUCGAUCCUUCCUAUUUCUGCUACUGUAAAUGUCUACCUAGAACAACUGCUUAUGAGUGAUGAACUGUUGGAAUAAAACUGAUUUAUUGAUACUGUGAUGACGUUUUUGUCGAUUUGAAGAAACGUAGACAAGUUACUUUCCAAUCUAGCGGAAACAAGGAAAAUAUUUGCAUUAUAGUAAUCUCCAAGCUGUUCACUCAAUGAACAUCGAUGGCAAUAUGUUUUCAUGGCUACUCCUACGUAGUACGUACCAUGGAUAUGGAUGUAGAUGCUAGAAUUAUGUAUUGCAAGCAUGACUGUAAGACUGUACUGCAAACAAAACAAAACAAAACAAAAAAUGCAAAUAAACAAUGUAGUAGAUUUUUGUUUAAAACAAAUCUACAGACACACAUUGUGCAGGAUUAAAAGAGUACACUCAUAAAACAUCCAAAAAAUCGCGCACCUACACUUCAAUCACUUAGGGACAAUAUAUAGAGAACAGUAUAACAUAGUAAACCGACUGUAAUUGAUUUUACUGAACUAUUACUGUAAGUGUUUUGUAGCAAAACGUGUUAUUAAGGAAUGCUAUGUUAAUUUUGAAUGAAAAAAAAACAAACAAACAAACAGUCUACCAAUAUAUAGGACCGUCGAAACGUGUGUACGUGUAUAGAAACAAGUAAACCAAAAUGAGAUAAGGAAAACGCUACAAAAUGUCCUCAAACUUAAAAAUGCUCUGUUUAGCUAACUUCUUGACAAUACAACUAAUGAAAUUUUUAACAAGGUUGAUAACAAUGAAUACUACAAAGCAAAUCUUGAAACAAAAGAAAGAGAAUCACACAUUGAAAUUUAAAAGCGAUAAUACGACUCUAAACAAGUAUGCAUAAGAAUGUGUAAUACGGGCUAAAAGAAGAAAAAAAAACAUCUAAAGAUUUAUAUUUGUGAACAAAGCGAGAUACAAACACGUAAUAAUAAUGUAUAGCGGGCCAACAGUGCUGAGGCCAACAAGAAAUUACACACUAUAUUCGUGUUGAACCGAAACAUGUGAAAAAUGUGUACAAUUGAAUAUAAAACAAAAUGUAUGUGUUAUAUAUGGACAGGAACAAAAUACUUUGACAUACACAGCUAUGUAACACUCUUUUACAAAUCCAUGCGUAAAUGUACAAUAUAGGACAUACACCUACUUUGGGUGGAAAAAAUCAAGCUAUAUUUUAUCGAAACAAUAUUUUUAAACAUAUGGAAAUACAUACGUGUUGAUGCAUCUGUUCAUGUGUAUAUGAUGCUUAUGUAUAGCAUAUGUUGUUGUAUCAAGUAAUAUAGAAAAGACUAUAAACUGCUCAAUCAUUUUACAACACUAUUCAUAGCGAGAAACGUGUUAAACUGCAACGCUGAAGCGUUUGGUACAUGUUGUUAACAUUCCUUCCUACCUAGUUAUCUAACCGCGAGAAGCUCAAUAAUCAUAUCGACUAGUGUGAUUGUUGGAAACUUGAAAGCUAUAAUAUGAUGAACAAAAUGACGUUGGUUCGUGUUAUAACAUUUGGUGUAUAAAGCAAAGUUUGAACAAGUCGUUGGCGUGUGUGAAUUUUCAUGAAUUAUUCUUCGCAUUCUGCUGCGGUGGUGUAAGAAUUCGCAAUUCACAUAGUACGUUUUUGUGUAUAGCAUUUUUACAACCGUUGUAUCAAUACUUUGUACGGUAGAAACAUCAUCCUGAAAUUAUUAAGAUUCUCUCCGAUCAGAAUAAUUAAUAUUAAAGCUGCACUUAUUUAGUUUGCUUCGAAAAAUGUUUUACCUACCUGAAUUGAAAGCGCACAUUGUUUCAACGAAUAUGUUGUAAACUAACAAGUAACAAGUGUAGAUGUGGGAUAGUGAAGAGAACGCGGAAACAUGAAGUCACUCAAUCCACCGAAUUUCUCUGCUAAAAGGAAAACAAACAACACUGCAAAACAAUCAUGAAUUUAGACUGUCGAGAAUAUAAAAAUGAAAGUACAGUGCAUAAGGAAGGCUUAUUCUCUAAGGCAUAGCGGAUAAAAAUGAUAUUUAAUGAUCAGACAACAUAAGGCAAAUGUAUUUAAAAACAAUCUCUUUCAAUGGUUAUGACUGUUUUUAAUCGUGAAAGCAAACGUUGAAGGGAAAUAGGGAAGGGUAUUGUGUUGAUUGUGCUCCAUAUGGAUUGGUUGUGUUCUUUCAGUGAAGCAAUUUGAACAGUCCUAGGUCACUAGUGACAAUGCAGAUCAGAUUAUGUAUGUCUUCAAGUACAACUAUUUCUUCCCCAUUUUUACUACUAAACCGCUUGAAAAGAAAGAACAUGUAUUGAAGAAUGUAUUGCAUAUUUCAACUGUUAGUAGUGGUAUUUACACGAUCAGUAUUUCCUGCAUAUGUAUUAGAUGCAAAUCCAAACAAACAAACACACACACACACACAAUUCACCUAAUAUAACAAAUAUAGCAUGAAUGGUUUGAGUAUUGAGGAACAUUUUAAGAAAUAUAUACUUAUGUGUACCACUCUUGCGAAGCGGACUUAAUAACAUGAAAUGUAACAUGGCAAACAUACAAAGCAGAACAAAAAUGGAAAAUGGUACAUAAAAAGAAACAACAAAAGCAAACAAUGUAACUUACCACACUUAAAUUUUUGACAACAGAAAUGUUAUUGAAAUGUUAUCAUUCAGUCACUGUUGAAAUGUUAGAAUAAAUAUUAACGAACAGAUGAAAAAAAAACAUAGACUAAUGGGUUGUUGAUUGUGAUUUUCGUUUUAUUCUGUUCUGUCGAUCCUGCCUUAUCAAUAGACCCUGCCUAAAGGAACCAAUUAUCAUUUUUAAAACGAUUUCUAGUGGUUGUAAAGGCAAAUUUGGAAGAAUUAUUUUUUUCGUGACCGAGCAAUCGUUUUGACUGAUUAGGCAGGGUAAAUCCAUUGCAUCAUGAAGAUCUUCGUCACUAUAGUGGGCCCGGACAUGGCUUACCGCAACAGUAAAAAUGUUGCUGCGCGAUCGCCUGUGUAAUAGAUGGUCAUAAGAAAUGUAAUGAACUAGAACGCAAGAAUGAUGGACUAUGGAAAGUAAGACAAUUGCGCGUGGUAAGAGCUAAAGCAAAGAACGCAGUCUAUUGAUAGUGCUUAUCAAAAAAUGGUC